AGAAACUCAAGCAAACACAAACAAAGGAGGAAUAAAGCAAGAAAGGGAGCCGUUUCAAAGACAUAUUCCGCCUACUACUACUACUAUUACUACUACCUAUGAUUCUAUCUUCACUGGGUAUUUAGUUUACAUGUCAGAGUUGGUAUGCUGCCAAAAUGAGGAAGUAUAGAAAAUUCAUUGAUUCUUUACGCAUCCAUGUUAGAGGAGGAAGUGGCGGUAUGGGGUAUCCAAAGUUUGGUGGUGUCGGUGGAAAAGGAGGAGAUGUUUAUGUGGAAGCAAUUGCAGAGCAAACAUUGUCAAAAACUUUAAGAGCAGAGCCAGAGAAACGUUGGCUAGGUGGUGUGGGUGGUAACAGUCGAAAAGUACGGAUUCUUGGAGAACCUGGUGAAGAUAAAAUUGUCCCGGUUCCCCUAGGCACAGCAAUCAUGUUGGACAAAUUCAGAACACUGGGUGAAACCAACAAAAUUGGAGAUAAAAUUCUAGUGGCCAAGGGAGGAGCCGGAGGUUCGCCAGCUAAUCAGUUUAAUGGUCAGCAUGGACAGGCUCUUAAUCUCACAUUGGAACUGAAACUUAUAGCUGACAUAGGCCUGGUAGGAUUCCCAAAUGCUGGAAAGUCAACAUUGUUGAAAGCCAUAUCCAGAGCCAAACCAAAAAUUGCCAGCUACCCUUUUACAACAAUACGGCCAAAUAUUGGUAUUGUCGAGUAUCCUGACAAAAGACAAAUAAGCAUAGCUGAUCUUCCUGGCCUAGUUGAAGGUUCUUGGGCUAACAUGGGAAUGGGCCACAAAUUUCUCAGGCAUGUUGAAAGGACAAACCUACUGCUGUAUAUCGUAGACAUCAAUGGUUUUAAAAUGGGACCUCAAUAUCCUCACCGAACACCAAUAGAAAAUGUAAUUCUUUUGAAUAAGGAGUUGGAAUUAUACAAAGAUGAUUUGUUAGAUAAACCUUGUGUAUUACUGGUAAAUAAGAUGGAUGAUGAUAAAACAGAAGAAAAAUUGAAACGCUUUCUUCAAGAAUACUCAGACUUAGCAGAGUUGUGUCAAGAGUUCCCAGAGGAGAUGCAGCCUAAAAGACUAGUCAAGUUCGAUGAUAUAAUACCCUGUUCUGCAAAAUUUAACAUGGACUCUGUAGAGUACAUAAAAAAGCGUUUGAGAAAGUUGUUAGAUAUCUAUGAUGAUGAAAUAAAUUGUCGCUUAACCACAACUUCAGCUGUAAAAGCAGAAGUAGAUAAUAAACUUAGGGAGAAGAGUAAACAAUUUGUGUAAUAUGCAAAACAAUUUGUGUAAUAUGCAAGAGGGGAUGUGAUUGGGUUUAUGUAGUUUAAUUUAGCCAUAUGCUAUGCCAUAUGGCCUGGUGUGGAUCUCUAGAUUUAGCUACCAACUAAGAGGGGUUGUGGCUCUUGGAAUGUGAAGUGUGUAUUUCCUAGUGACAAAGCUGUUAAUAGACAGCUGACAGUAGACAGUGAACUAAAUUUUAAAGUCAUAGAGGGAAUAAAGAAUGGAAUGUUUUCUUAGGGGUUCAAGUUAGUGAAGUGUCUCCAGCCGCCUCCUCAUUUUUUUUUAUUUAUAAGUAUAGUCAACUAAAACUUUGGUAAAUAUUCUCCAUCACUGGAGCAGAUGUCAGAAGUUGGGUGUGUAAAUAUAUCAAGCAUAGUAAAAGUAAUGAUUUGGUUGUAUAUCUCUACAUCCAAGGAACACCUACAAAAUCCAGUACAUACAUACAUUUAUUGUAAACUUUUCUUGAACUGCAGUCACAACAUCAGGACAUCUGAGUCACAAUAUCAAAAAAGGGGGUGCAUGCAGCAUAUAUAAUUGAAAGUAAACAUACAAAAUAUAAGAAAACUUAAAAUGGUAAAUCAGUUAAACUUAAAUAAUCAAACACACAAAUAUAUUUACACAAAUAACCAAAUAAAACAAAUUAAAAGAAAACU